CUCACUUCUUUAAAAAGCGUGAUUCAUGGCCGUGAAUCUAUGACAAGUCAGUAAAGGGAAACCCGGUUUUAUCGUGAAAAGUAAAGAUAAACCAAGCCAAUAAUCAUGAAACCCAUUGUCCUUCAUGGCCAUGAGAGAGCCAUUACCUUGAUAAAGUACAAUCGUAUGGGAGAUCUUCUUUUUAGUUCAGCUAAAGACACUAAACCGACAGUGUGGUACUCCUUGAAUGGUGAACGUUUAGGGACCUAUAAUGGCCAUGGCGGUGCUAUUUGGUGCUUUGAUAUUAACUGGGAUUCUACCAAGUUUGUGUCAGGAUCCGCUGACAACAGCAUGCGUCUAUGGGACUGUGAAAUGGGGACAACUAUUUCAAGAUUGGACACAUCAACAGCAGUCAGAACAUGUGGCUUUUCUUACUGUGGAAAUUUAAUCAUGUUUUCAACAGACAGACAGAUGGGACAUAAUUGUCAUAUAAUGAUGGUUGAUAUUAGACAAGAUUUUAAAACUCCAGUUUUAACAGUUGAGGUUCCUGGACCUAAAGUAACAUCAGCUGUGUGGGGUCCUCUAGAUGAAAUGUUUAUAACUGGACAUGAAAAUGGAGAACUUAUUCAGUGGGAUCCAAAGUCUGGAAGUAAAUUAAUUAAUGUACAUGAGCACACCAAGGCUAUCAAUGACAUUCAAAUGUAUAAAGAUUACACGAUGUUUGUGACUGCAUCAAAAGACAACACAGCAAAGCUAUUUGAUACUGAUUCUUUUCGACAUUUAAAAACCUACAAGACUGAGAGACCAGUAAACUCUGCAUCUUUGUCACCCAUCAAAGACCAUGUUGUGUUGGGUGGUGGACAAGAGGCAAUGGAUGUAACAACAACAUCAACAAGAAUUGGAAAAUUUGAUGCCAGGUUUUACCAUACUAUCUUUGAAGAAGAAAUAGGUCGAGUAAAGGGUCAUUUUGGUCCUAUUAACAGUGUUGCUUUCCAUCCUGAUGGAAAAAGUUACAGUAGUGGUGGAGAAGAUGGCUAUGUACGAAUCCACUCCUUUGACAUGUCAUAUUACGACAUUGAAUUUGAACAUUAGCAAUAAACAUCAAUGUACAUGAUU